CUUUCUUCCUUUCUCUUGUUGUCCUGCCCCGUUCCCUCCAUCCCUCCCUUCCUCCUCCUUCCUCACUCAGCCUCGGCUUCUUCCACUUCGAAGACGACCGCCCCCCCCCCCCGAAGAAAGCACAAUCCGGAGCAAGGCGCCCAGGAAGGAAGGAAGGAAGAGGGGAAGGAGAAAGAGAAGGAAGGAAGGCGAGCAGAAAGGAGCGGAGCGGAGCCCGUCUGGCCGCGUGCUCCUGGGGCUGGUUCCUUGGAGCCCCUCCCCGGCUGGACCCGGGAGGAGGCCUUUCCCUCCUUUUGGGGGGCCUUCCCCAGGGAGCCUCCCCAGGAGACCCGCCGGUUCCCUUCGGCUCCUCCUGGCGGCGGCGGGGGCUGCUGCUGGGGCCAAGGAGCCGGGCUGGGCUCCUAGGAUGCCCGGGAGCGGCGCCGGCGCCGGCUCCUCCGUCUCGGCCAGCCCUCCCUCCAGCGCCUGCCCUCCGCCGCCUUCCUCUUCGGGGGUCCCGGGCCCUGAGCCCCUUCGCCCUCCCCAGGAAGAGGGCCGGCCAUGUAUCCCCAGGGGAGGCACCCGGCACCCCACCAGCCAGGCCAGCCAGGCUUCAAGUUCACCGUGGCCGAAUCCUGCGACCGCAUCAAGGACGAGUUCCAGUUCUUGCAGGCCCAGUACCACAGUCUAAAAGUGGAGUACGAUAAGCUUGCGAAUGAGAAGACGGAAAUGCAGCGCCAUUACGUGAUGUACUAUGAGAUGUCCUACGGCUUGAACAUAGAAAUGCACAAGCAGACGGAGAUUGCAAAAAGACUGAACACGAUUCUAGCUCAGAUCAUGCCUUUUCUGUCCCAAGAGCACCAACAGCAAGUGGCUCAGGCUGUUGAGCGUGCCAAGCAGGUCACGAUGACAGAGCUGAACGCCAUCAUCGGGGUACGUGGAGUUCCCAAUCUGCCUCUCACCCAGCAGCAACUGCAAGCCCAGCACCUCUCGCACGCGGCUCAUGGGCCUCCAGUCCAGCUCCCUCCCCAUCCGUCAGGCCUUCCACCUCCGGGGAUCGCCCCCGUCACGGGCAGCAGCUCAGGGCUCUUGGCUCUGGGGGCCCUUGGGAGCCAAGCCCACUUGGCGGUCAAGGACGAGAAGAACCACCACGACCUGGACCACCGAGAUCGCGACUCCAGCGCAAAUAAUUCCAUCUCUCCGUCGGAGAGUUUGAGACACAGUGAGAAGCACAGGAGCUCCGCUGAAUACAGCAUCGAGUCCAAGAAGCGGAAAGCCGAGGAGAAAGACAGCAUGAGCCGAUACGACAGUGACGGAGACAAGAGUGACGACUUGGUGGUGGACGUCUCCAACGAGGACCCCACAACGCCCCGAGUGAGUCCUGCCCAUUCGCCACCGGAGAAUGGGAUGGACAAAGGACGGUGCCUGAAAAAGGACGCCCCAAACAGCCCCGCCUCGGUUGCCUCUUCCAGCAGCACUCCCUCCUCCAAGACGAAAGACCUAGGCCAUAAUGACAAGUCCUCCACCCCGGGGUUGAAAUCCAACACUCCCACACCGAGGAACGACGCGCCAACCCCUGGAACGAGUAGCACGCCGGGCCUUCGGCCAAUGCUGAGCAAGCCUUCUGGAAUGGACCCCCUGGCAUCUGCCCUGCGGACGCCAAUCUCCAUUGCCGGCUCCUACACCACCCCUUUUGCCAUGAUGGGGCACCACGAAAUGAACGGCUCCCUCACCAGCCCUGGGGCCUAUGCCAGCCUUCACAACAUCCCUCCGCAGAUGACCGCUGCAGCUGCUGCGGCUGCUGCUGCCUAUGGACGGUCUCCCAUGGUUAGCUUUGGAGCUGUUGGCUUUGACCCGCAUCCGCCCAUGAGAGCCCCAGUCCUGCCCACCAGCCUGGCAUCCAUCCCUGGCGGCAAGCCAGCCUACUCUUUCCAUGUGAGUGCAGACGGGCAGAUGCAGCCGGUCCCAUUUCCCCACGACGCCUUGGCUGGUCCUGGCAUCCCCCGGCACGCGCGCCAGAUCAAUACGUUGAGCCACGGAGAAGUGGUGUGUGCCGUGACCAUUAGCAACCCCACCAGACACGUCUACACUGGGGGCAAAGGAUGCGUGAAGAUCUGGGACAUUAGCCAGCCGGGCACAAAAAGUCCCAUCUCACAGCUGGAUUGCUUGAACCGGGACAACUACAUCCGAUCCUGCAAGCUCCUCCCGGACGGGCGGACGCUGAUCGUGGGUGGGGAGGCCAGUACGUUGACCAUCUGGGACCUGGCCUCCCCAACCCCCCGGAUCAAGGCCGAGCUGACCUCCUCCGCUCCAGCCUGCUAUGCUUUGGCCAUCAGCCCGGACGCCAAAGUCUGCUUCUCCUGUUGCAGCGACGGGAACAUCGCGGUCUGGGAUCUCCACAACCAGACGCUGGUCAGGCAGUUCCAAGGCCACACGGAUGGCGCCAGCUGCAUUGACAUCUCCCACGAUGGCACCAAACUCUGGACGGGGGGCCUGGACAACACCGUGCGCUCCUGGGACCUUCGGGAGGGAAGGCAGCUCCAGCAGCACGACUUCACCUCCCAGAUCUUCUCUCUGGGCUACUGCCCCACGGGCGAAUGGCUGGCCGUGGGCAUGGAGAGCAGCAACGUGGAGGUUUUGCACCACACCAAGCCUGACAAGUACCAGCUCCACCUUCACGAGAGCUGUGUCCUGUCAUUGAAGUUUGCCUAUUGCGGGAAGUGGUUUGUGAGCACAGGGAAGGACAACCUGCUCAACGCUUGGAGGACUCCCUAUGGAGCCAGCAUAUUCCAGUCGAAAGAAUCUUCGUCAGUCUUAAGCUGUGACAUUUCCGCAGACGACAAGUAUAUUGUGACAGGCUCAGGUGACAAGAAGGCCACUGUCUAUGAGGUGAUCUAUUGAGCAUCUUCUGAGGGGCCAUCACACUCCAGACAGGCCACAAGCUGGCCAGAGGCGGCAUGGGGACUCCAGCCAACGGACACAUGGUGGAGGGCUGCUGACCAUUCCCAUCAUGCCCUUCCAUGCGGAGUUAACACAACCUGAGUGGAUCUUCCCUGGCGUUACUUGGAAUAAUUCGGGUGGAUUGAGGCCUUCAAGCUUGGUCCUGGCUGAUCGGCUACGAGGGAUACUUUCUAUUUUCUUCUGAGAUCUCGUCAGUUUGCAUCUUUUAAUUUUUUGAAACUAUUCCUCCUCUGGGUUUUCAUCUCUCGGUUCUCACGUUGUGUUCGGAAGGAGAGCGGCAUCCGUUCGCUUUUCAGCAGAGAGAGAGGGAUGGGCGAUUCUUCCCCUCCGCGAGACUUGUAGGAAAUGUAAAUAGUGGAUGAGUUUUAAUAUGGUGAGGGUCUCCGCCUGGGACAACUGUGCCAGCUGUGUAUUUUUUUGCUUCUCACCCACCAUUCCUUUUUUCUUCUUCUUGGGUCUGCUGUAACCGUGUUGCGUUUGGGUUUUCGUUCCGGUGGUGAUGGUGCCGGCCAUCUUCUCUUCCCCAGAGCUCUUCUGAGUAUUUCCUUGAGGAGUCUCUACAGCGAGAGCUGUUCCUACUCCAAGGAGGAGCUGGUCCUACUGUCCUCCAAGUGAAUUAUGUCCCCUGCGUUGUGCCAGGACCCUCCGGCGCAGUAUGGAACGGGUAUCCAAGGAGGGCUUUGGUUGGAUCUUCCUGCUUUUUAACGGCGACUUCAACCGAAAUCUUGCAUUCUGUGGAUUUUAUCUUUCUCUCGCUCUUUUUUGGUUUGUUUCUUUUUUGGAAAAAGCACUUGUGUGUUUGGAGCAAGCAAAAGGAUCCUGCCUUUCCGGGUGGGCUUUCUUUCCAUCAUCCCCUUUACAAUCUUCAGGCCUAGAAACGAAGAGUCUUCUUUUCAAGAAAGCAACAGUCAAACAAUACGCUCAGGGAGCCAAGGAAAAUAAAGAUAAGAGCAACUUUAUGUGGAUUUUUUUUUACUCCGACGAAAAGUUAAACUAAUAGAGAUGAUAACGUUUAAAUACAGGUUGUUGUUUUUGUUUCUUAAGUUUACUAACAAACAUGGUUUCUGUCUGGUGGGGGCCAGGGUGAUUGUACGGUAGGUUUUUCUGUGGCUUUGAGGGUCUUCUCUCUUUCGGCUAUUGGAGCAAAACAAAAUUUGGGGGGAGAAAGGGGUGUGGGAGGAGGGAGGGAGGGAGGGAGGGAGACCCGUCUCCGUGCGUUUUGUACUAAAGGACUAAAUAAACGUUUAAAAACACGGGAAAAUCUACCUAUUUGUGUAGCAGAAGAUCUUGCCCUGUAAUGUAGCAGCAGAUGGAAGUGAAUUUUUAUACCACAUUUUUAUGGAUUAUUUUUUAAUUUUUGAUUUUGAUCUGGUUUCAAAAAAAAGAAAGAAAAGAAGUAACUAUGGCUUAAAAGGUGAAAGAAAAAAAAACUACCUGUUUUUAUUAAAGGCCAUGCCGGUGCAUAAAGGAAAA